AUGGGGAAGGACCCCGGGGAGGUGUCCGUGCUAAACGCCCGUUUACUUAACCCAGAAUUUCGGUUGAAAACGGAUUUUGGGAACGACCGGCACCCGCGCGGCGCCCGCCAUGGCCGCGCCCGCGCGGGGCCGGUGGUGGACGUGCAGAGCGACAACCUGGGCGAGCUGUGGCCGUCCCUGCUGCUGGCGCUGCGCUCCGCCACCUUCGUGGCCGUGGACACGGAGCUGAGCGGUCUCGGCGCCAGGAAGUCGCUGCUGAGCCCGUGCAUCGAGGAGCGGUACAAGGCCGUCUGCAGCGCCGCCAGGACACGCUCCGUGCUGUCGCUCGGCCUCGCCUGCUUCAAGCAGCUCCCGGAGAAGUCCGAGAACACGUACCUGUGCCAGAUCUACAACCUGACGCUGCUCUGCAUGGAGGAUUACGUGGUGGAGCCCCAGUCGGUGCAGUUCCUGGUGCAGCACGGCUUCGACUUCAACAAGCAGUACUCCCAGGGGAUCCCGUACCACAAGGGCAACGACAAGGGCAAUGAGAGCCAGAGCCAGGGCGUCAGGACACUUUUCCUGGAGCUCAUCCGGGCGAGGAAGCCACUUAUUCUCCAUAAUGGCCUGAUUGACCUGGUGUUCCUGUACCAGUGCUUCUACGCCCACCUCCCCGAGAGCCUGGGCACCUUCACUGCCGACCUCUCCGAGAUGUUCCCAGCAGGAAUAUACGACACCAAGUACGCUUCGGAGUUUGAGAUGCGCUUUGUGGCGUCCUACCUGGAGUACGCCUACAAGAAGUGCAAGAGGGAGAACUCCAAGCUGAAGGACUCCAGUGGGCAGCACCUCACCGUGGAGUUCUGCAACUACCCUGCCAACAUGUCCCGAUACAUCGACUAUCGCUGCUGCUCCCUGGAAGAGGAAAGCCACAACACGGGAAACAAGGUGCCUGUCUGUGAGAAAUUUUCGGCCUAUGGCUGGUGUCCAAAAGGGGUGAAGUGUCCACAGUCUCAUAACAUCGAUCUCAUCAUUGAUGAGGAUGACAAGCUUUGGGAGAAGCGAAAGAAACGGAAGCACAGAUGGAAGCAUCGGAAGAACACAAAAGCAUCUGCAAAGGCGUUCCUAGAGGAAAGCUCAGGGGAAAAAACAGAGCAAGCUCAGAAUGGGGAGGAGGGACCACCACAGAAACAGAGCUGCUUUGAGCCUGCAGCUGCCACAGAGCUGGCAGCGAUCGCACCCAAUGGAGAGGGCAGGCCCCUGGAGGAGAACUCCAUGGAUGUGGAAACAGAGGUCAACUCAGACACCAGCACACAGUGGGAAGAGAAUCUGGGGAGCACUGAAGGAACUGCUGUCCAGGUAGCAGUUGCCCUGAGCCAUUCUGCCAAGGGCAAUGCCUCUGACAGUGACCAAGUGGAGAGGAAGCCAGAGGUUCCUGCUGGGUUGGGCUCAGUCAGUCACCCAGACAUCCCCAAGACUGAAGCAGCAGGUGCUGCAGGAAAGGAAAAGCAAACCCGUGUCCCUCCUUCCCAGGGGGGCACACACCGAGCUGGCUUUGAUGCAUUCAUGACUGGCUAUAUCAUGGCUUAUGUCUGGAUGCUCAAGCAAGGGAAAAACACAGACACUGGAGCAGGGCCCUGGUUGCCAGACUGCCAUAAUAAACUGUACCUCAGCGGGAAAUCAGUGCCACUGCAAAUUGUGAAGAGCUUGUUUUCUAAAUCUUCCAAAGCCCACAGCGAGAAGAUAAAGUUGGCCUGGGACAGUGCAUAGAACUACAGAGCUCCUCACUAAACUGAUUAUUUUUUUUUCCCCUUCAAGUUUUGAAGCCCUUUAUUCCAUCAAGUCCUUUAUUUCAUCACCAGAAAGGGAACAAGUUCCUUGUUUCUGUUUUAACAUCUGACCAAUUAAAUUGCUCUCAGCUGGAGUUC